UUCCAUUCAAAACAGUAAUCCCAGCCUGAGCUGGGUGUCAGAUCUGAAGGUUGAUUAUUAAUAACAUUUAUCAACAGCCUCUCUCAGCUUCAGGCAAUUAUAGCUCAUCUGCCAUUCCUGCUCCCAGUCAUGCAAAAUUGCCAGCUUCUUCCCUGCCCACCCCCUCCAUUCCCCUCUCCCCUUCUUCUCCCAUCUCCUCCCCUUAGCAGACAACCUGACUGAGGGCAGGAGGUGGGUGCCACCUUAUGACUCACUAUCACCCCGUGUGGAGGGGGUCCAUGUGCACGCUAGGCACCUGUGCUCCCCAGCAGCAAUCUUCAUGUUGCAGUCUUGUGAAAUCCGAAUCUGAUUCUAUCAGAACUGAGAAGAAUCUGUGGAGGGGACAGACCGGAACUCAUGUCUCCCGGCUCCUUGUCGCAUGAUGCGUUUUCAAUGGCAGUGUUUGUUCCUGCUCCUGACUCAGUCUGUCCCUCCCCUCCAGGGCUGAGACUAGGGUGAGGCUAGAGAGGCAUUGACCUUAAGUGCAACAUUCAAGGGAUCUCGAACAAGCUCAAUGAUUAAGAUAAAUGAUAUUUCAAUAUAGUGUUUUUUAAAAACUCAAAAUGAAUGCAAAACAUACACAACAAAAUCAAACUUUUGAUAAAAACAAGAUAUAGCACUGGAUUUGCAGGCCUUGGCCUCACUUACCUUACCCUAACUCCAGUCUUUUUAUCAUGGACAGUUUUGCUUUGAUUUGAUGGAAGUAUUCAAUCUCUUGGCUGCUGAGUUUUUUGGCAAAUCUUUAAAUUCUGCGCCCCAGGUAAGAGCUUCAUUCAGCUCACCCUGGCGCCGGCCCCACUGUUCUCACUUCCCGCUGGGCCCUAAUCUCCUGCUCCCUUCAGCUCUCACUGUCUACUACCUCAGGCUGGGUGGCUCAGCUUCUCUCUUAGCAGGUGCCCAGGGCAGCAGGACACCCAGAGGGACCCUCCAUGGGCUGUCCUUCCAGGGUGCCCAUCCUCCAUUCCAUCCCACUGGACCCUGCUUCAGCUGUCAGACACCUCGGGGAGGGCCUACAGGUUGCCAGGGUAACUGCUGUGAUAACUGGAGGACAGAACAUGCUGAUCUUGCUCUGCUCCUAGAAUCACAUCCAGCCAGGGCUGGAUGAGCGCAAGCAGGCAUGCCUGACAGUGUCCCUGACACGCUGAUCCAAAACGUCACUGGACAUGUAUGGAGGUGGAGAACAUUCCAUGUACCUGCAUUCCUCCAGGGAGAGGACAGCAUGAGGCUGGAGGAAAACUGUGGUGAUCUGUUUGUGACAGGGAGGUGAGAGGCUGAAGUAGACAUGGAUGCUUGCUAACCAGCCUUCUGCAGAGGGUAGGUCUGAUUCGCUGAAGGGCUUCUGUUCUGCUGAGCAGGGUCUGUCAGCGGGGGGUGCACCUGUCACCAGAGAAUACCCUCUCCCUGUCCUGCCCUGGCUGUGCUCCAGUAGCCUAAAACAUAAACAGACAUUUCAGAAAGAUCGGUGUUGAAGGGGUGCCCAAGAUGCCAAAUUAUAUCUGGGACUUGAGACACUGUUAUGUCAAGAUCCAGGCCUAGGCCAGCUGGUCACUCAGUGUCCAGAUGCCUGUCACAGUGGGAGGCCUGAGGGUCUCAGGGGACAUCUAUCAGAAGCACCUCUGCCCUGCCUGUUCCACUCCGUGAUCUCCCUUCUGAGUCCCCACUGUAGUACAGAACCAGCUGGUCAUCUAGCCUGGCAGUAGUAAGUCAUUCUAUUUUCCUGCAGAUAGGAAUACAUGGUUCCUAUUCCUCCUAUGCACUCUGCCACUUACUGGGCAAGUGAAUUCCCCUCUCUGAGCCCUAGGUUACCCUUUUGUGAAAUAUCAAUAAUAGCACCCUUCUUAGAAGGUUGUAUUCACCAUUCAAUGUACUAAUGCAAAGCACUGUGACAGACUGAAGAGUCAUGUUCUGUGGGGUCCUGGAGGACAGAACUAGGACCAAAGGGAGGUGUGUUUGAGCUUUAGGUGAAGUAGCAAUGGCCAACUACAGAGAUGGAGGGACUACUCUGGCAAGAGCAAGCACCCUGAUGCUCAGAGCAUGCAUGAGGAGGUUUCAUAAUCACCAUCCAGCAGCUUAGCCUCAAAAGGGCUGCCUGCCUCAGGGAGCUAUGACCCUUGAGAGAUGGGGUUUAUCCAGCUGUGAGGUUCUGUUUGAGCAUCAUUCCUCAGUUGUCCUCCAGGGGGUCAUGGCACAAGUCUCAGUAGCACGGGCCCCAUGGUCCAGCCUUAAGGUAAGAAUGGACCUCCCUGGAAGAAGCUGGCUUCAUCUACAGUUGAUAAGUUCACUUUUUUUCUGGUCCACUUUCCUUGAUUUAACCCUAUGACCAAACCUGAGAGCUUUGGCAGGAAGGAAGCCAGGGAGGAUGUUGUGCGUGAGAAAGUGCUGGCCUGAGCAUUGACUUUGAGAUGUCCCUUUACUCUGACUGGAAGGUCCCAUUCCACCUGUAGCAAGACAAAAGACACGUGAAGGGGAGUUUCUGGGAGAUUGAGGAUGAGGUCUCCAGUUGCAGGUGCAUGCACACGUCCAUUUCCCCACCUGGAAGGUGUCGGCAUGCAGGGUGUCUGUGCAUGUGCCCCUUGCACUGACUCCCUUGAGACUGGCUGUGCAGCUUUGAGGCAUGUGUCUAAGCAGAGAGAAUGGAAGACCCCAUAUUGGGAGCCUUGGCUUUGACCUUUCCUUUCUCUGAGCCUGAUUUUCCCAACAGUGUUACAGGAGGGGAAGGAUGAGAUGCCCUUCUCAGCUGAUGUCCGUGAUUCUUGUAUUUUCUGGAGGCCAUGAGUGUUAACAGAAUGUGCUCACUUUUGCACCCUUCUUCCAUGACCACUUACAGUCUGUCCGCUUAGCAGAUGAGGGGUCUGGGUUUCCAGGGUCCAUUUGGGGUAGGGUCAGCAGUGUCCAGCUUUGCAUCUGGGUAUCACUUUUCCUUCUGAUAUUUGAAAUUAGAUCCUGAAGAUUCCUAAUUAUUGUUCCAAGUUCUCGUUGAAAAUCUGGGUGUAAUUUUUAUAAGAGCAUGGCCGAGGAUGGACCCAGAGGGGAAGUAGUGGGACUGGAGGGAGGAAAGGGAGAGACAGAAGGUGAUGUUGUCAUUAGGAGUUAAAGCCGGUGCCUGGUAGUAGAUAAGGCUGGACAGUUGGCAGGAUCAUUGGGCAGACUAAAGCAGCUUAGAUUCUGUCCAGAGGCAGUGGGGGUCUUCUGUAGUGUGUAAGUGGGCUGGGAGGACAUGAUCUUAGGAAGCUCACUCUGGUGUCAGUUGCAGGAUGGAUUUGGGAGGAGCAAGUUAGACAUAGAUGCCCAUCAUGAUGCCAAGAUCUGGGCAACAGACAGGAAGGCUCUUGCUCAGAAGUGGCUCCAGGGAAGGUGAGGUGCAUAGAAUUGAGAGAUGCUCAGUAGAUGGCAUCAGCAGUGCUUGGUGAUUGUCUGGAUUGGCAGAGGAAGGUGGACAGGGAAAAGCAGAAAGCUACAAUGGUGCCGCAAGGGGCUAAGUGAUGUCACUCACAGAGACAGAAUGUAUAGAGUGAAUGUUCAGACUCACAGGAAGUCCAAAACUGCAUACCCCAAUGUGAGGUGCUGUGGGACAUCCGGGGUGCAGGGUCCAGAGAACAGGUAGGUAGAGUUUAGAAGAGGGCUGGGUCCACGAUGCAGCCUUUGAUGUUCUCAGUGUAAGAGUUGUGGGAGAUGAGGCCUUGUGAGUGGAUGGGAACACCCCAGGUGCAUUUCAGGUGAAGGAAGAGGACAAGAAGCUGAAGACACAGAUGAGCAAAUCCUAGAUCUUCCAUCAGUCCCUAGAAGGCAUGAUGUGUGCGUUUCCCAGCACACAACCUGAGCCCUAGCACAGAACUGGCCACAGAGAGGGCAGCGGUGAAUGUGUCCUCUGUGGUUCCUCCAGAUGGGGCCUUUGUCCUCAGUGCACUUGGCUCUGCCAGGGUUGCUAUAGUAACCUACAGAUGCAGAGAGACUCGGCCUCCCCAUUGCCAUGGAAACCAGCAAUUGGGUGUCCCUGUGUGGCAUGGCCACUGAGACCUUGAGGAUUCAGUCUGGUCCUGAAGGGUUUGGGAGGGAGACUGCGACCAGAAGACGUUUCCAUGUCCUAAUUAAUGGGUGAUGGUGGUUGUUAGUCUGACUGUUGCCACGGUGAUGAAGGGAGACACCCAAGUGGGCUUGUGCUGGUUUCAGUACUGAGGCGAAUACAGGGAAUUUCAACAGGCUCCAGGUCUUACUGUGCAGCCUGAAGUGGGGCCAUCCUUCAAACCCGCUCCAUCCUCUGGCCACAAUGGGGGCCAGGACACCUUUGCCUUCUUUCUGGGUUUCUUUCUUUGCCGAGACAGGGAUUUUGUUCCCAGGAGGCAAUCCCUGGCCCAUGGGAUCUCAGCAUUCAAAGCAACAACACAGGAAACCUGGGCCCCUGAAACGGGGCCACCGAGGAGAUCGGAGAACAACCAAGAGGAAGUACUGGAAGGAAGGAAGGGAGAUCGCUCGUGUCUUAGAUGAUGAGGGCAGAAACCUGAGGCAGCAGAAGCUUGAUCGGCAGCGGGCCCUGCUGGAGCAGAAGCAGAAGAAGAAGCGCCAGGAGCCCCUGAUGGUGCAGGCCAAUGCAGAUGGGCGGCCCCGGAGCCGGCGGGCCCGGCAGUCGGAGGAGCAAGCCCCCCUGGUGGAGUCCUACCUCAGCAGCAGUGGCAGCACCAGCUACCAAGUUCAAGAGGCCGACUCACUUACCAGUGUGCAGCUGGGAGCCACACGCCCAACAGCACCAGCUUCAGCCAAGAGAACCAAGGCAGCAGCCACAGCAGGGGGCCAGGGUGGCGCCGCUAGGAAGGAGAAGAAGGGAAAGCACAAAGGCAUCUCCAGCAGCAUGAGCUUUGAAGAGGAUGAGGAGGAUGAGGAGGAGAACAGCUCCAGCUCCUCCCAGCUAAAUAGUAACACCCGCCCCAGCUCUGCUACUAGCAGGAAGUCCGUCAGGGAGGCAGCCUCAGCCCCUAGCCCAACAGCUCCAGAGCAACCAGUGGAUGUCGAGGUCCAGGAUCUUGAGGAGUUUGCACUGAGGCCAGCCCCCCAGGGUAUCACCAUCAAAUGCCGCAUCACUCGGGACAAGAAAGGGAUGGACCGGGGCAUGUACCCCACUUACUUUCUGCACAUGGACCGUGAGGACGGGAAGAAGGUGUUCCUCCUGGCGGGAAGGAAGAGAAAGAAGAGUAAAACUUCCAAUUACCUCAUCUCUGUGGACCCAACAGACUUGUCUCGAGGAGGGGACAGCUACAUCGGGAAACUGCGGUCCAACUUGAUGGGCACCAAGUUCACUGUUUAUGACAAUGGAGUCAACCCUCAGAAGGCCUCAUCCUCCACUUUGGAAAGUGGAAUCUUACGUCAGGAGCUGGCAGCUGUGUGCUAUGAGACAAACGUCUUAGGCUUCAAGGGGCCUCGGAAGAUGAGUGUGAUUGUUCCAGGCAUGAACAUGGUUCACGAGAGAGUCUCCAUCCGCCCCCGCAACGAGCAUGAGACACUGCUAGCACGCUGGCAGAAUAAGAACACGGAGAGUAUCAUCGAGCUGCAAAACAAGACACCUGUCUGGAAUGAUGACACACAGUCCUAUGUACUCAACUUCCAUGGGCGCGUCACGCAGGCCUCUGUGAAGAACUUCCAGAUCAUCCAUGGCAAUGACCCGGACUACAUCGUGAUGCAGUUUGGCCGGGUAGCAGAGGAUGUGUUCACCAUGGAUUACAACUACCCGCUGUGUGCGCUGCAGGCCUUUGCCAUUGCCCUGUCCAGCUUCGACAGCAAGCUGGCGUGUGAGUAGAGGCCUCUUCGUGCCCUUUGGGGUUGCCCAGCCUGGAGCGGAGCUUGCCUGCCUGCCUGUGGAGACAGCCCUGCCUACCCUCUGUAUAUAGGCCUUCUGCCAGAUGAAGCUUUGGCCUUCAGUGGGCUCCCUGGCCCAGCCAGCCAGGAACUGGCUCCUUUGCCUCUACUAGUAAGGCAGGGGAGUAGUGGAGAGCGGGUGGGUGGGUGUGAAGGGAUGAAAAUAACUCUUUCGUGCCCCGAGAUCACACACUCCCACCCUUGGGGUAGUAGUGUGUCGUGGUCGUGCUUACCAAGCUGAAUAACCUCUUCAGCUGGGAAGGCCAGAAGAGGCAUUAGAGGGAGAGGAAGCACAAUGCAGGGCUGCUGUGGCCCAGUCAUCCACUCAGGCAAGGAGUCAGAUGGCAUCCGGUACUUCAGCAGGUAGGGGCACAGUGAGUGUGUGUAUGUAUGAAGGCCACGUCAACUUUAUGUAGCAAAGGGCUUGGUGGCCGAGCCUGGCCCUUAAACAACUGCAGAAAGCCCUUCAACUAAAGAAGGCCUCACCCAACCCUGAGAGAAGUUGGGAGGGUGGUGGGGACAAGUAAGUGGCAGGACCCUGUCAGGAUUGCAGGUGCCUGGCUCGCUGUGGCUGUGGGAAUCAGCUGGUGGCUAGGGUUCUAGUGCAUUUGAUUUCUCCAGGUUUGCUGUGUCUCACAGAGGCAGUAGGAAUCCAAUUGUCAGGGCUGUCUUAGUGGAGGGGCCUGCAGGACACAGGCUCGGCAUGCAGAAGUGCAUGAACGGGGUCCCUGGAUCAAGGUGGUUCUGGGAGUUCUCUCAGCUGCCCCAGGAGCUCUCUGCUGAGCAGCCCAGCACAACCCCCAGGAAAUACAGAUGGGGUCCAGGUCACCAGCUGACUGCACACAGCUAGGCAUGCCUGGGGAUCCUGCUGCCAGAGAACCAUUCUCAGGCCAUGGCAUGCUCCUUGAAGAAUUCUCUCUCUUUCGACCCAACUCUCUCACUGCUGUCAGGCAAUAUUUUAGAACCACAAGAGAUCAGCGGUGGCAGGACCCUUAGGGAUCUAGUACAACCUUGUUGCUUUAGGUGAAUCACAGAAAAUGGGGCUUGCCCUAGGUCACCUAGCUGGUUAAUGGCAGCAUUCAGAACUUCAAGUUCUCUUGAUUUCUUUGUUCCUAUUGUCCCCCAAGAAACUAGUAUCUCUGGCCUCCUGGGGCCCAUUCUGCAUGUCCUCCUCACUCCCCCCGAUUCCAGAGACUUAGAAACAACAGAGUUGAUACAUAAGAUUGAAACCAUUCCAGUAGGAAAUCAGGCAGUUUGCUGUUGAAAGUUGUCUGGCUUUUUGCAUGUGAGUAUGAUCCAGGACUGGCCUGUGUCUGGCCCCUCUUUGAGGGCUACUCAGCAGUAGGCAGGCCUUAGUAAGGCUGCCGCACACUUUUUGGUCUAGGUGAGAGUGCAUAAAGGUUCUGGGGCUGAGCCUAACUCCCUCCACUGCCGCUAUUUCUCCUUGGAUGGCACCAUCCACCUGGCAGGCUUCGGAACUCUAAGCUCAAGCUCUUGCUCAUUUGUCAUUUACCCUGGUGGAAGCUUCUUGCCCAGAUAGAGAUCUGGAAUCGGUGGGAAGCAAGCAGGGAUUGUACCUUGCUUUAGAGUACAUAUGUUUGGAAAAGCAAAGUAGAAAUUUUUUUAAAUAUAAGUUGUAUUUUAAACAUGUUAGGCUUUGUAGGUGAAGGACUUGUUUUGACUUAAGUAGAAUAUGCUCUCAUUUCUUUGUAAUGUAGAUUUUCCUAUUUUGAAUGCUUAAAGCAAGGCAUACCUGUUCUAGCAGGAUCUGCCCACACCUUGGCCGUACAUCUGUGAGAGGCCCCUCCAAUGAUUAACAUUGGUUAAUGUUUGCAUUAACAUGGUCCAGUUUCUAGAGGGCACUAGAACUUUCUGUGCCAGGGCUGGCGAGUUAUCAUGGUGCCAUCCUCCUUUCUAUAGUUCCAGUUUAGCCCUUCCUUCCCUGCCUUUAAGGAGAAGAAAUGUAGUGACAUUUGAGAUGAUGGAAACUAGAUCACCUCUAAUGUCAGGUCAAGCUAUUUCUCUGGAUCUAUGAUUUUAAGAUAAAACAGGCUGGUUCUGAGUUCUGGUAAGACAGAGACCCUGGUGGUAGUGGAAAAAUCAGAAGCACAAAGGAAAACUUUUGGCCUCUGCUUUGUCCUGUAGCACACAGAAGAGGGAGUUGGCUAGAUCUUUUGGUGGGGUCAGGAAACAUGGGCUGAGCUUUCUCGUCUGAGUGUGGAGAAGGGUAACCUCAGCCACAAAGCUCUGUCAGGCAUUGAGUGACAAGCCUCAGCAGCUGAGUGCACUCCUGGUGAUGCUGGUUUUCCUUGAAUACUGGCCCUGGGGCUAUGGGCGCAUGGACUCGUAAAGCUGUUGGCGCCCCUGGAAACCACCUGGGUUCAGCCUCUCCCACAGUGAGAGUUCUUGCCCUUCAUACCCUCUUGCUGGAUGGAUGGUCCUUGAUUGGGCAGGGAAUUAAUGACAGAAUGAGCAGUCCCAAAGGUAUUGGGCAGCUGGGAGUUUAGGCAGCUUCUCUGUAACCGCUCCUGGGACCACACCUGAAAACUCUACACCCUCUGCCCCAGAACAAUUCUGCAGAGUGGUGAAGUUCACUUUCCCAACUCUUCUCCAAGUCUAGCUUUUCUUUCCUUCUGGCUCCAAGGUGCUCUGUGUCGGUCUGUAUAUGUGUGUGUCUGCGUGUCUCUGUGUAUAUUUGGGGAAAAGGGCAAUCAGCAAUCAACUGAGGUUUCUUAAUUGUGAUUAUAUUCCUGAGAAUGAGUAGGAAAGGAAUAAGGAUGUUAUGAUUGCCUGUGGAUUUUGUCCAUUCAUUUCAUGCUCUUUGAACAGAAGGUAUACCUGGGAAAAUACCAGCUUUUUCUCUCAGGGUUCUGAGUGAGAGGACACCAUCCAAGAAUGUUGUUAGCUUUUCAGUUCCCACUCUGCAUUGCCUGAAGAAAUUGGUAUGUUGCACGUAUGUUUUCGGUUGAAAUUGAACAUAUUCUAGUGAAUGUGCCUUAAAAAUCACGACACUAGUUCAGAGGAAGCACAUAAGGUCCAGACCUAUGGCAAAGACAGGUGUUGGAAGACAGGACUGUGAUAGUCAGAAGCUGUAAGAGAACUUUUGGAGCCUGCAGGACAUUUACCUCUUAAAUAAACGUAGCAUUUAGAGGUAGUUCUAAAUUUAACAAGUGACAGGGUUGAUUUGAAAGAAAAAGGUCCAUGCUUUGCUUACAAUGGAGUCUGCAGUGAGGGGAGAUGCUGAGAUAGCCAUUUCCAUGGCUCUGUUAUGAAAGCACAAAUUCCAUCUCCUAGAUGGACUUCCUGGUUUUCUCUUACUGCAGUAACACUGGCCUUCCCUUCUCUAAUUCCUUACCCCAGCUGCGGCAUCCCUGUGUCAACCCAGGAUGCCAAGUGGCCCUCAGAUUACGCUUCUCCAGAUAGCUGAAUGCGUCUGCUUUCACUGUUACUGGGACCUGAAUGAUCUGCAGUCAGGGCCCAGAGUUGGGACUCUAUACUACCCUGGGCUCUGGUGUGUAGGCUUGUAGUAGCCACCAGUAAUAAGCCAAGGGCUGGGCUCUUGUUUGAGUUUAUGGCCACCUGGAAUUUUCUGUCAUCUCAGGAUACAGUUGGGAGAGGCAGAACAGACAUGAUGACAGGUUUGGUUUUUAAAAUUUCCAACCAAGUUUGAAAAGGCAAGUUGGUCUUAGAGAAAGCACUACUGCACUGAGUAGCUAUGUGAUUUUGAGCAAACCAUGUAAUCUCUCUAGGUCCAUUUUCCUAACCACAAGAUGAAGAUGUUACAUUGUCAAAGCUUGCUGUAGGAUUCGGGGUGAAUGAAAGUUACUCCUUGCUUUCAUCACUACCUUUAUAGCUCAUUACUGUGCCUUUUUUUCUUUCCUAAGACAUCACAUCCCUCUCCUCUGUGCUCCUGUCCCUCCCUCCCCCUAGCAAGGUCCAGGCAAAGCUGGAGAUGAGGCUGAGAUCCAGAUUUUCUUAGAAGGCAACUUAGAAUGGCUAGGAAAGGGAAACCUGACUGCUUGGUCAGGAGGGUGCAGUAGCUCUUGCUGGGAACACAGCCAGUUUUCACAAUACCUAGAAUGUGUGUGUCUAUUUGCACAAGUUGUCUUUUCCUAUUUUGGAGUGGUCAGACAUUUAUUUUUGUUCAAGAUUAUCUGGAGUUUUAGACAAAUUUACAAAACUGCUUUUAUUAAGUGACUUUUUGAAUAAACUUCUUUGGUAUUCUGGAGCAAAUGUAUUUAUUUAUUGGUAUGUGCAAUGACAAACUUGGUAUUUUCCCAUGUUGACAUUAUGUAUGUUGUAGAAUUUAGUGUUUGUCUAAGUACAGACAUAUAUCAACAAAUUAAACUUGAAUUGUUUCAACA